UCCACCCAGGAAGGUAGCUCAUACGCAGAAUCUUUAGAGGAUCAGAGGGUCCUAAUCUGCUUCUGAGGCUUCAUCAGCGCUUUAGAGAAGAGACGCUGGGAUUCAGAUUUAACUAGUGCGACUGGAAUACAGCGAUAAUGCCUUCCCUAAAGAAGAUUCUGCAUUUCAUGCUUAGCGCGCAGUUCAAUGCCAUAUCUGUUGGGGUGAUGGGCUUUGCCAUGUCAAGAAGGUGGGCUACGACGACCAUGGAGUGCACAAGAAUUGGAAGUGACUUCACCAAUGGAACUGCUGACAUCAGUUGGACGCUUUUUGAUGGGUAUUUGGUCAGACAGUACUGCCCCUCGUUUGGAGGCGAAGGAGAUUUCGAAGUGCUUCCUGCGCUGGUAGAAACAGGAGUUACCUUUGUGGCCCUACACGGUGUGGUUUUGUGCCUGCUGGCCCUGUGUCUGCUGUUCUCCGCCUGCAGCAUCCUUGUCUCCCUCUACAACAGUGUCAGCAACCCUUAUGAGACCUACAUGGGGCCUGUUGGUGUCUACGUCUGCAGCUCGCUCAGCGCGUGUUUGUCCGUUUUGGUCCUCAUCAUAUACGCGGUGAACAUCCUUGUGACCAACAUGGCAGAGGAAUUGAUAAAGAGCAUGCACGAAGAUGCUAUCCUGAGGAACAAGUCUUCAGAGAUGAAGCUGGGAUACUACCUGAUCAUCAUUUGCCCAGUGCUCUAUCUCUCCGCCAUUGUUGUGAUCUACUUGUACGACCAUGCAGCCUACACACAGAGGAGAGAACAGCAGAGGCCUACAGAGGACGCACCCAAGGAGAUAAUGAUGUAUUAGUGGCCUGAAGUGGAGUCAGUGACAUUAAUAAAUUGAUCAUCAAGACUUUCUUUACAGACUGAAAUCAACAGCUAUACAUAAAGCCAAUGACAUUUUUUUUGUGUUAUGAGUCUGAAACAACAGUUUGCCUAAAUUAAGUGAAUGUAAAUAAACAACUGUGAUGACGUUGCUCUUUUUUUUAAAGGAUGGAAUUACAGCCAACUUUAA